AUGGGAGAGGACAUAGUGUUUGAUGGGGAGAGGUAUGAAGUUGAUAUAGAGGGAGAGGUAGAGGGAGAAAAAGACCAAGCCAUAUCAUGUCUGGAACGAGGAAUGUCUAUCCACUUCGAGGAUGUUUCCAAAUUAAAACUGGACGGUUCAGCUCAGACUGACAACAAACGCAAGACAUAUGCCAAGGCAUUACUGUUGUACGGAUGUUACAGUGAAGAGACAUCUAAAAUGGAAAGUAAUGUGAUCUUAAAGCAGUACAAAGAGGUAACUGAUGUCUACCCAGACUGGGAGGAUGGGCACUUCCACUUAGCAAAGUAUUACGACAAGAUCAUGACUACUUUGCUUGAGGACAAGGACAAACCUGAUCCUUCUCGCCAACGGGAGUUUAUUCACCAUGUUGUCAAAUCCUUUGGUCAGUCCCUUCAGUAUGGUAAUCAGUAUAUCUAUCAGUCCCUGCCACGCCUCCUAAGUCUGUGGCUCGAUUUUGGCACAAGUGUAGCUGAGAUGGAGAAAAGGGAUGUGUCUCGAAACCAGCAGCUUGCUCACAAACUACAGAUCAUGAGGACCACUUUAGCCAAGCUCAAUAAGCUGGUGUCAGCCCUCGGACAACAGUUAGCCUCCUAUCAGUUGUUCACAGCCUUUUCACAGCUUAUUUCCAGGAUCUGUCACACCCAGCCAGAUGUCUUUCAACAGCUCAGGGAGAUAAUUGCUUGCUUGUUUGCUAAGUUCCCUCAGCAAGGCAUGUGGAUGUUGAUGGCAGUGUCAAAGUCAUCCUAUAAAGUCAGAGUAAGUCGAUGCAAAGACAUAUUUGCAAGAGCAGAGCAAAUAAAUCCAGGAUUGCAGAAAUUUGUAAAGGACUCCACCAAGCUUACAGAUCGUUUAUUGGAGCUGUGUAAUAAAGAAUAUACUGGCUCAAACAACAUGAGUGUAUCGCAGCACUUUAAACCACUCAAACGUCUGCUGGAUGACAGUAACUUCAGCAGUAUAAUACUACCUCUCCAGUCCAACAUGACAGUGAUGUUGCCCAGUACUCCUGGAUCACACGCCACACAUGACCCAUUCCCUGCCAAAGAAGUGUACAUCAGUGGCAUUAAUGAUGUUGUUGAGAUCCUGCCUUCUCUACAGAGACCAAAGAAGAUUUCACUGAUUGGUAGUGAUGGUAAAUUUUACACCAUGAUGUGUAAACCCAAGGAUGACUUGAGAAAAGAUGGACGUUUGAUGGAAUUUAAUGACAUUGUGAACAAGUUUCUGAGGAAGGAUCCAGAAUCAAGGAGGAGGCAGCUCCAUAUACGUACUUAUGCUGUUGUUCCCCUCAAUGAGGAAUGUGGUCUGAUUGAGUGGGUAAGUAACACUAGUGGACUUAGAUAUAUCCUGAUGAGACUGUACAGAGAACGUGGCCUUUACACAAGCGGCAAGGAACUCAAGGCCAUGAUGCCAAAGAUAACAGACAGCAUUGAAGUAAAGAUGCAGUGCUUCAAGGAGAAGAUGUUACCACGCCACCCACCAGUUUUUAAUGAGUGGUUUUUGAGAAUCUUCUCAGAUCCAACAUCUUGGUACAAUGCACGUCUGUCUUAUGCACGAACAUGUGCUGUGAUCAGCAUGGUAGGAUACAUACUUGGACUGGGAGAUCGUCAUGGGGAGAAUAUCUUGUUUGACUCCACUUGUGGCGACUGUGUUCAUGUGGACUUCAACUGUCUCUUUAACAAGGGUGAGAUGUUUGAAUGGGCAGAAAAGGUACCAUUUCGUCUGACACACAACAUGAUGAAUGCAUUGGGCCCCCUAGGAUAUGAAGGGAUAUUCCGGCGGGCCUGUGAGGUGACACUGAGAGUGAUGCGAACCCAGAUGGACCCAUUGAUGAGUGUUCUGAAACCUUUUGUCUAUGAUCCGUUGGUGGAAUGGAGUAAACCAGGAAAGGGAGGAAGGUCCAAUCCCAUGGAUACUGGUGAAAUAAACAACGAACAGGCCAUGUCCCAUGUGCAAAAUAUUGAACAUCGUCUGAAGGGAAUAUUGAAGUCUAAGACAUCGCGACCCAUCACUGUGCCAUUAUCUAUAGAGGGCCAUGUCAAUUAUCUGAUCAAUGAAGCUACAGAUGAUAGGAACCUGUGUCAGAUGUAUGUUGGUUGGGCUCCAUAUAUGUGAUACUACUAUGUAAAUUCUUAUCACCUUAAUGAGACUAUCAUAUGGAGGAAGGACACUGCAUGUAGAUGGUGAUUUAAACAAGGACAUUAAAUGUGAAGGUUGAUUCAUAGACUGACACUGAAUGUGAAGAUUGGCUCAAUGACACAUGCUGAAUAUAAAUGUUGAUUCAAUGCCUUAUUAAAUGUUGAUUUAAUGGCACUGAGUGUUAAUUCAAUGACUUACUGAAUGUUGAUUCAAUGUCACUCACUGAGUGUUAAUUUAAUGACUUACUAAAUGUUGAUUCAAUGACACUGAGUGUGAAGAAUGAUUGAAAGACUUACAUUGAUUGUGAAGAUGAUUCAUUGAAUAUGAGUAUUGACACUUAUUGAAUGUCGAUUCAAUGACAGAUUGAACGACUCGAUGACGUUGAAUGUUGACUCAUUGACACUCGCUGAAUGUGAAAGUUGAUUCAAAGACAGAUAUCGCAUAGAAAGGUUGCUUCAGUUACACACAUUGUAAACAAGGAUUUUCAUCUGUAUUGUUUAUCAAUGACUUUAUAUUAUCCCUCGUGGGAAUAUAAGUUUGGGCCCGGUCUGUGCAUGCAUCCGAAGCCUUUUCUGGGCUUUUAACUUCAAAACCACUUCACUCAACUUCACAAAACUUGUGGUAUAUAUUAAAUUAGUGAAACAAUUAAAAUCACAAAUAGAAAUUAAUCUUCUUGUGGUAA